AGCAUGCGUUCAGGGUCAUUGGAACAUUCACAAGGUCAUUGGAACAUUUACAAUCCUGGGACUCUAUUGUUGAAAUUCGCCGGUUUAUCAUACACUCGGUUUGUUGGCCUAUCGGUUGCUGGCGAUGUCAAGGAAUCCGUGAGUUCUAGGGCUUUUCUCGAUUUUAGGUUAUGCAUGUAGCAUUUUAUUGAUGGAUAUUGCGACACAGAUGGAUGCUAAUUGACAACGCCUUUUUAGUUUAUUGCAGGUAGGCAAUGCGGGUGAAAGUACUGCUGACGUCGGUGGAAUUUUCGAUGAAAUUAUGCUGGGAAGGCGUUUCUUUAGCUGGGAGGAAUUUGAGAAUUCCUUAGAAGAAUUUCAAAAAUUGUCCUGCACUCACUAUGUGCAUAUUCAAAGCAAAACAACAGGGGAAGACAGAUAUAAGUACGCUUACGUUUAUUUUAAAUGCACUUUUGGCGUGAACCGUGGAAAAGCUGGCCUGAAAUUGCGAAACAAGUCGUCUAAAUGUUGCAACUGUCAGUCUUCAUUUCGCGUAAUUUUGCGUUAUAGUGAAUACGUGGUAACAUCCCACAAAAUGGUCCACAACCAUCCAUGCACCAGGGUGUAUAUGCAGAAUGAUUCAUGGUCUAGACGACUAACAGCGGAAGAGAAAGAAAAUGUAGAACCACUUCUUCACCAAUCACACUCAUCAGAUGAAAUAAUGAUGUAUGUUAAGGAAACAUUCCACAAGGACAUAACUAUUAAUGACGUUAGAAAUCUGAAAGCUUCAGUUAAUAAAGGUAUGUCGAGCCUUAAUGACAAAUUUUGAGAGGUGGUUGCCGCAGAUUACACGGGAGAAGGAAUCGCACAAAUGGACCAUUUUCUUAAUGUGUAAAUUAACUACUUUCGUAUUACAAUAAAAAUAAACUUUUCCCAUU